AUGGCGGCGCCCUUGCGGCGGGCGCUGCUGGCGCUGGGCCCGGCCCGGGCCCGGCUCCCGGUGACGGUUCCGGUCCCGGCGCGGCCCUACCGGGCGGAUCCGCCGCGCCGCCGCCCGGGCCCGGCCCCUGCCGAUCCCGGAGACCUGCGGGCGGCCGCGCGGCGGUUCGGGCGGCUCGGGGAGGCGUCGGGGGUGGCGGCGGAGCGGCUCUGGCCGAGCCCGGAGCAGCUGCGGGAGGCGGAGGCGGAGGAGCGCGAGUGGGACCCGCCGCUCCGGGAGGUGGAGGCCCGGCUGGAGCAGCGGGAGCGGGAGGAGGCGCGGCGGAGAACGGAGAGGUGGGGCUGGAGCACCGGGAAUGGACUGGGAUGAACUGGGAGCACCGGGAGUGGGACUGCGAUGAACUGGGAGCACCGGGAGUGGGACUGGGAGCACCGGGAGUGGCACUGGGAUGAACUGGGAGCACCGGGAGUGGGACCGGGAGCCCCGGGAAUGGGACUGGGAGCACCGGGCAUGGGAUGGGAUAAACUGGGAGCACCGGGAGUGGGACUGGGAUGAACUGGGAAGGGACUGGGAUGAACUGGGAGCACUGGGCCCGUUAAGUCUGGCAAGGAUCGCCAGGCGGUACCGGGAGAAUCAGGCCGGGUUUGGGGCUGGGCUCCCGGUGUCCCGGUGCCGGUAUCCCCGUUGCCAUGUCCCGGUACCACCCCCACGUGUGCCGUGUCCCCGUGCUGGUAUCCCUGUCCCGCUGUCCCUGUGCCAUGUCCGGGUGCCAUCCCCACGUGUGCCAGUGUCCCUGUACCGGUGUCCCAGUGCCAGUGACCCCAUGCUGUGUCCUGGUGCUGUGUCCCGGUGCCACCCACGUGUGCCAUGUCCUGCUGCUGGUAUCCCCAUACCGGUGUCCUGGUGCCAGUGUCCCGGUGCCAU